AUUAUUUUUGUAUUGACUCUGUCGCCCCCUGGAGGUGUAAGCGCGCGCUGCAGCCGUUACCCUGGGCAACAGUUUAACAACACUGCAGUGCUGGAGUUGACGGAGCUGCAGUAAAUAAACAGAGGAAAGCAGAUUGAGUGGAGAUGCCUAAAUUUCGUGAACUGGGAGCCGAGUCUUCACCUCUUUCAGACAGUCGUUUACCACCUGAUCCUCCCGGUCUAAUAGCCAACAGAUACGUCGUCCAGCAGAGUCUGGGGAGGGGCAGCUUCGGCACUGUGUUUCUCAUUAACGACACUAAAGCAGCUCCGGGAGAAAAACUAAGGCGGAUGUCAGAGUUUGGAAUUAGGCCACACCUGAGCGGACGACGUUACAGGGAUCUGCCUAUAUUGUAGCCACUGAAGCACCUUCACCAUGGGACCUCUUAAUUCCAAUAAUGGAGGAGGACCUUCUGAUACAAAGUGAGUUACAUCUAGUAACAUCAAGGAACUACUCACAUGAAACAAUAUUAUAUCAACACCUUCCUAAAAUAAUCACAUUUUAAAGUUUUUUAGGAAACACAAACACAUAUGACAGUUAUUAUGGCUAUUUAAAAAUGAGCAAUGGUUUAAGAAGGAAGUUUGAUACAGUUGAG